UUGAACAGGAUUUCAUGACCUUUGACCUCUAGUAAUUGGCUCCACAGCGCCUCCUUCGGCCUGAGGAAACUUUUCCUUCCGUAGUGACUUCCUGUUUAGUCCGGAGCCGCCUCUGUCUUCUGUGUCUUCUUCGUGUGGUCGGUGUACUCUUCCUCGGCUCCACGUUCCUCGCCGACCUCCACCGGCCGGUCCCGCUCUCCGGGCCCGGGACGGAGCCCGUGCAGCCGGGCUGAGCUCAGAGGAGGAGCCGGUGUCUUGUCUCUGGUGCUAAUGCUAAUUAGCUGCUGCGCUAACCAGGUUAGUUCAACUAGCGAUAGUUACCAGCCGAAUGUUGUUUUUCAAAGCUGCUUAGUUGAAGGCAGCGGGAGCCACAGGUCCACGUGUAGUUUAAAGUUAUUUAGUUAUUAAAUAACAGCGGAGCUCACCGUGAAUCUGCAGCGUUUUGAAUGAAGUCGGUUCACAUGGAGGAGUGAAGUCAUCAGUCUAAAUAUAGACGUGAGUGUGGUUAAAUGACGUCAGACAUCGUUAGACUGGUGUACUGAACCUGGUCCACAGUGACCCGGGUUGCGAAGCUGUUGACUGGUCCAGAUGGUCCAGAAGCAGGUGUCCCUGAGCUGCAGAUCGCUGUGUGUUUGAGGUGAUUUAGACUUUAGUCUAAUGAGGUUCUGAAUAAAUUCUGGUCUUCACAAAGCAUUUCAGUCCGUUAAAAACUGGUUCGGAGGUAACACCAGACCGGACGGAGCCGUACGUGGUUCCAUAGGGUCUAGAAGCAGGUGGACCUGCAGAACUGCCCAAGGAAGUUUUUAAUGUCAGGUUUAAAUGUUCUGAUUCUGUUUCAAUUUAGGUUCUAAAUGUGGUCUCCUUGUUUUACUGAUUUCUUAGUGGUUAUACUGCUGGUUUGUGGCGUAAUGGGUUCUGACUGUAGUCUGGCCAUGGUUCCAUAAAGGUCUACUGUAGUUCAGUCGGACCCGGACCUGUCCGCGUUGCUGGUCUUGGAUGCGGUCUGUCCGGGUCUAAGCGGGGCUUGUGGUCCCGGGCUUAGCUGGAGAUGGCGGAGCUCCACCAGACGCCCACCUCGCUCUGCUGCUGCCGUAAACCCCUCCCGGCCUCCGGGCCCCCGUGCGUUGGCACCGCGGGGGCCCGGCCCUCGGCGGCUCCGCGGGCCGGGCCCCCGCGGUGCCCCCUGGUGGACGUGGCCUCGGCCUCCAACUUCCGCUGCUUCCGGCUGCGACACCUUCACCUCGACCUGCGGCUCAACUUUGCCGUCAAGGAGAUGAGCGGAUGGCUGGUUCUGGACCUGGUCCCGGCCCAGCAGGGGGUCACCACCCUGGUCCUGGACUCCCACCCCUCCCUCCUCAUUCACUCCAUAGACUGCAAGGACCCCGCGGCCGGGCAAGAGGAGCCCAUGUCCCUCACCUACCGGGUGGACCCCUUCACGGACUACGGCUCCUCGCUGAACAUCAGCCUCCCCCCCACCGCCGUGAAGCCGGGCCGCCCGAUCCAGAUCACGGUCCGCUACACCACCACGGACGGCCCGGCGAUCUGGUGGCUGGACGCUGAGCUGACCUGUGGUCAGUCCCGGCCUCUGGUCUUCACUCAGGGCCACUCGGUGUGCAACCGCUCCUUCUUCCCCUGCUUCGACACGCCGGCUGUGAAGAGCACGUACACGGCCUCUGUGAGGGUUCCAGAGGGAGUGACUGUUCUGAUGAGUGCGUCCCGGAGCUCCUACUCCACUCCGGACCGGAUCUUCCAGUUCUCCAUGGAGUUCCCCGUCCCCUCGUACCUGGUGGCCCUGGUGGCCGGGGAGCUGCAGCACGUGGACGUUGGCCCGCGGAGCCGUGUGUGGGCGGAGCCGUGUCUGCUCUCGUGUGCGGUGAAGAAGCUGGGGGGCAGCGUGGAGCGCUGGCUGGGGGUAGCCGAGGAGCUGUUUGGACCUUACCUUUGGGGCAGGUGUGACAUCGUGUUCCUGCCCCCCUCCUUCCCCAUCGUUGCCAUGGAGAACCCCUGUCUCACCUUCAUCAUCGCCUCCAUCCUGGAGAGCAGCGAGUUCCUGCUGAUCGACGUUGUGCAUGAGAUCGCUCACGGCUGGUUUGGCAACGCCGUCACCAACGCCACGUGGGAGGAGAUGUGGCUGAGCGAGGGCCUGGCCACCUACGCCCAACGCCGCAUCACCACAGAGGCCUAUGGUGAGGCGUUCACCUGUCUGGAGACUGCCGUACGAUUGGACGCUCUACACAGACAGCUCCGUCUCCUUGGAGACAACAACCCUGUUAGUAAGCUGCAGGUCAAGUUUGAGCCAGGAGUGAACCCCAGCUCUCUGAUGAAUCUCUUCACAUAUGAGAAAGGCUUCUGUUUCGUGUCUUAUCUUUCUGAGCUGAGUGGAGACGUGAGACGCUUCGACUGCUUCCUCAGGGACUACAUCUCAGAGUUUAAGUUCCAGAGCGUCGUGGCUCAGGACCUCAUUGAUUACUUCCUGCAGUACUUCCCUCAGCUGAUGGACGUGUCCCACAGAGAGGGUCUGGAGUUCGAGCGCUGGCUCAACGGGUCUGGACCCCCCCUGUUUGAGCCUGACCUGUCGGCGGCGGGGGCUCUGACGCAGCCCGUCCAGGACCUGUGUGACCUGUGGAGGGGCUGCCAGUCCCCCGACCCACAAGCCCUGCUGACCCUUGACCUCUCAGCCUGGAGCACCUUUCAGAUCGUCCUGUUCCUUGACCGCAUGCUGGACCAGUGCCCGCUGCCCCAAGACGUGAUGAGCCGUCUGUCUGCGUCCUACUCGUCUGUCUUCGAUGGACUCAACGCUGAGGUCCAGAUCCGAUGGCUUCAGAUGGUUGUGAGGAACUCGUUCCACCCGGAGCUGCCUCGGGUCCGAGCCUUCCUGCACAAGCACACGUCCAGGAUGUACACCGUGCCGCUGUAUGACGACCUGGUUGCCGGGGUGAUGAAGUGUGUUGCCGUGGAGGUUUUCAACCAGACUCAGCGCCGCCUACAUCCGAACCUCAGACGCACGUUACAGCAGAUCCUCUUCCAGACCAGCAGCGCCUCGACCAAUCAGAACGUCCCUAUUCUGUCCGCCGUGCCUGUCUCCGCCUCUUCCUCCCCCUUCUCGCAGCAAGUCACCACGGCAACCUCUGCCGGGACGACCGCCGCCGUUGCACUGCGAGACGUCAACGUCUCCGCCUGAAGUCCGAGGGCGCUGAGACUGGUCAGGUGGCCUGUCAUGUGACCAGUCAUGUGACCGAUCGGGUUUUAAAGGACACUAGCUCCAGCUCAAAUCAUACACAUGUUCUCUGGCGCAUCAUCAGGACCUUUAGACUUUGAGCUCCUCUGAUGGGACGUCUCCUCUGAUUGGACGUCUCCUCUGAUUGGACGACUCCUCUGAUUGGACGACUCCUCUGAUUGGACGACUCCUCUGAUUGGACGUCUGUUUUUGAGAGCGAGGAGCUGAAGUAAGACGAUGUCAUCUUCAUCACUCUGAAGAACACGUUAUUGAUUUAUUACUUAAUGAUCUCUGCUUUAUUGACCUUUUUAACCGUUUAAGUGUCAGAAGAGAACAUCACCGAAGAAGUAGACCUCUGAGGUCCAUCUUCAACUUCUACCUCCUGAUGCUGAUCGACGCUCGACCUCGACUUCCACCAGAGUGGCCUUAACGCUGCAUUCACUGCCGCUGGGAACUAAGACAUUUUUCACCUCCAUCAGCAAUAAGAAUUGAUCUCGUCUCUCUGGACGCGAUCGCUUCGAUCAGGAACCGCUCAAUAAACAUAUCAAUGUUUUAUUUAUAUAUUUUGGUGCACUAAUGAUUAGAAGCUGUAAUAUCUGACAGUGAAUGCCUGAAUGACUACAAAUAAACCCUUUGAACUACAACCUGUCAUUUUUCUGCUCCAGAACGAUUUCA